UCAAAAUUAGUACUAUUCCAGUGCCAGAUUAUUCCUCUCGUAAUCCGCCUUCACCCUCGGCUGCUAGGGAAGUAGGGCAGACUUUGGACUUGAACGGAGACAUAAAAAUGGAUGAUCUUACAAGUGGCUCUGAUAAAGAAGAACUUGAUGAUGAGAUGCGUGAAGCUGUUGAGAAAUCCGCUCGUCAUCUAUACGGAUUAAUUCACGCGAGGUUUAUUAUCACAAGUCGAGGAUUAGCGAAAAUGCUUGAGAAAUACAAAAAAGCCGAGUUUGGUCGUUGUCCGCGCGUUUUAUGUCACAACCAACCACUUUUACCUGUCGGUCUUUCUGAUCAGCCUUACACUAAGUCCGUGAAAUUGUAUUGCCCUCGUUGUGAAGAUAUUUACAAUCCUAAAUCUACACGACAUUCCAGCAUUGAUGGUGCAUAUUAUGGCUCUACAUUUCCUCAUAUGCUCUUUCAGGUUUAUCCACAUUUGCUUCCACCCAAAAGUAACGAGCGAUAUGUGCCAAGAAUUUUUGGGUUCAAGAUUCAUGAUAUUGCCAAACAACAUC